AUGUUUGCCGUGCAAUUCUGCAAAUGGUGGCACAGCAGGGCCCUCGCCAUCCAACCAACCACCAGCCAUUCUCUCGUAAAUGAAGCUCUAUUGGAGGCGAUGGAAGAUCCGGCCACCCUGCAGCUCUAUUUCGACUCGGCCGCCGCCUUUCUGCCCAGUAAAACCCCGGAGAUUGACGAAAAAUCGCUGCUGCACCUCUACGGAUUGUACAAAAUGGCCACGUGCGGAGCCCCAGGAGCGGAAGACCAGCCGGCAUUCUACGAUCUGCGGAGUCGUCGCAAAUUCGACGCGUGGCGAGAGAUGGAAGGGCUCGAAAGAGAGCAAGCCAUGAAACAAUACGUACUAAAGCUGGACGGGCUGGAAAUUGGAUGGGAUCCACGGGAGAAGGUGGUCAAGCAGACAUUUGGCAAAGUGCCGAGUCGAAUGGCCAUCGAGGGACAACCCGAUACGGUGGACUCGAUCGAAAGUGAUGAAGCGCUGUGGUUUCUGGCUUGUAAACACGACGAUCUCGAGACGGCACAACGGCUUUUCCACAACAAUCCCGCACUAUUGAACGAGGCGGCACCCGGAAGUGGCAAUGGGUUGACAGCCCUCCACUGGGCGGUGGAUUCGAACUCGAAGAAGACGGCAAUAUGGCUGCUCGACAACGGGGCAAAUAUGAAUGCACAAGACGACGACGGCAAUUCGCCCCUUCAUUAUGCGGCGACGAACGGGCAUCACACGCUGCUCGCCGAACUCCUUGGACGGGGCGCCGAUCGGGCGUCGAUGAAUGUGGAUGGGGAGAUACCGCAGGAUUGUGCCGACGAUGACACCACAAGCGCCCUUUUUCUAGCCAACAAU